GUGCUGCAGUGUAGGGGGAAUCGCUUAGACUCUGAAGACCUAGGCGUUCCAGUGGUUUUUAGCACGAUGAGCUCAAUCGGCACCGGGUAUGACCUGUCAGCCUCUACAUUCUCUCCUGAUGGAAGAGUUUUUCAAGUUGAGUAUGCUAUGAAGGCUGUGGAAAAUAGAGCUAUUGGAAUCAGAUGUAAAGAUGGCGUUGUCUUUGGGGUAGAAAAAUUAGUCCUUUCUAAACUUUAUGAAGGUUCUAACAAACGACUUUUUAAUGUUGAUCGGCAUGUUGGAAUGGCAGUAGCAGGUUUGUUGGCAGAUGCUCGUUCUUUAGCAGACAUUGUGCGAGAAGAGGCUUCCAACUUUAGAUCUAACUUUGGAUAUAACAUUCCACUAAAACAUCUUGCAGACAGAGUGGCCAUGUAUGUACAUGCCUAUACACUCUACAGUGCUGUUAGACCUUUUGGCUGCAGUUUCAUGUUAGGGUCUUACAGUGUGAAUGAUGGUGCACAACUCUACAUGAUUGACCCAUCGGGUGUUUCAUAUGGUUAUUGGGGCUGUGCCAUUGGAAAAGCCAGACAAGCUGCAAAGACAGAAAUCGAAAAGCUUCAGAUGAAAGAAAUGACCUGCAGUGAUGUUGUUAAAGAAGUUGCAAAAAUAAUUUACAUAGUACAUGAUGAAGUUAAGGAUAAAGCUUUUGAACUAGAGCUCAGCUGGGUUGGUGAAAUAACUAAUGGAAGACAUGAAAUUGUUCCAAAAGGUAUAAGGGAAGAGGCAGAGAAAUAUGCCAAGGAAUCUUUGAAGGAAGAAGAUGAAUCAGAUGAUGAUAACAUGUAACAUUUACUUCAUUUACUUCUAUUUAACUAUUUAGCCCUUUGGAUUAAUACAUACCCACUGACCAACUUUCAUUAAAUCUUUGCCUUGUAAUGACUGAAGUUUGGUUAAUAUCUGCUUGACAAAAUUGGUGGGGGUAGCUGAGCACAUAUUUAUUCAGCAUUAGGAUGUUGCUUUAUGCCUGUUGUAAAAUGCCUUAUUUAAAAUACUGCAGACAGAUGCUUUGGAAUCAGAUUAAUUCAAAACUCCAUUUCUUCACUCAUCUAUAACCUAAAGAUUAUAUCCUGCUGGGCUAUUGUGUAAAAAGUACCUACCAACUUCAUAGGCAAUUGAUGCCACUUCCCAGUUUUGUAUUUAGUGAGAUGAUUGUUGGUCAUCAGCCACUGUUAACCUUUAGAAUUUUAUUUUAUUUUUUUUACUUUGAGGAGUGGAUUUAAGGAUUCACAAAGUCC